AUGGAUGGGAAUGUACAUUUAAUGAUCUACAUUGAAAGCUUAGAAACACGAUUGAAAAAGAUGGAAGCUUUAUUAAAGACAAUGCAGGAAGGAGAAGAGAAAAAGGAGACGGUCGAGAUGCCUAAAUCCAUCGAACACAACAAGGUCGUAAGAUAUCUGGGGAGUUCUUCGGGUUAUUAUUUAGUACGCGAUAUCCUAUCCACCGACGAAAAAGUCGUGGAGGAAGUAAGAGAUAUACCCAAUGAAAAAGACCCUAUCGGCCCCGUUCGCUUCAAAAAGAUCAAUGUCAUGGAUGACGACGUCAUGUUUGUUCGAGAUAAAACUAUGGCUGAGCACGUCGAUCAAUUAGAAACGGAUAAACUGGAUCUUAAUACCAGCAUUGUAUCCAAGUCCCUCUUGACAGAUCUCAUCACCAGGUUUUUCGAAAUGGAUCAUGCAAGUUUACCCGUCGUCCAAAAACAAACGUUUAUGGAUGCUUAUGAAGGCCGCUCAGAUCCGCCUCCAGCCACCAUCCUCAUUUACGCCAUUUGCACACACGUCUGUCUUUUGCUGCAAAAGGACGACCCCAUCUUUAUCAACGCCGGAAGCAACCGUACCGAAUUAUUCACCACUCUGGCUGACUAUACCACCAAUCUUGUCCGAAAAGAAUACCUCACUCCACGACUCGCUACCAUUCAAGCCUUGAUUUUAUUAUGUGCCUAUCCAGAUUGUGACAAGUCCUUUUAUAAAAAUUGGCUUAGAGCCGGUAUGGCCGUGCGAAUGGCACAGGAACUAGGUCUUCAUAGAACGCUGGAGAAACUACCAUUAACCGACGAAAUGUUUGAGGCGCGUAAACGAUUGUGGUAUUGUACAUAUAUUACCGAUCGUUGGUGCUGUGCGGUCAUGGGUAGACCUUUAGCCAUCUCAGACGCCGAUUGUGAUAUCGAAUUACCUCACGUCAAUGGCGGUCCCAACGGCAACGAAGAUUACUCCGUCUUCAUUAACUUUAUCAAGCUCUCGGGGAUCCUAGGAGAAGUGCUUCGUCGCAUCUAUUCGGCUAAAGCACAAUCGCAGGGCUAUAAACAUGAGGCUAAUACACGUUGCACAGAAGCUGCCAAGAGUGUGGUUGACAUUGCUAGAUUACUCACUCCCUCCGAAGUCGUACAUUUCGGCUGGAAUUUUGCCGGUAAGCAUGCUCCCACACACACACACACACACACACACAUUGAGGGGGGCUAUUCUGUCUUUCAAGCGAGUCUCAUCCAUGUCUAUAAUUGCACAAGCACGAAUCCAAAGAUUGCUAGUUCGGCUCGAGAAUAUGUCAAGCUGUCCAUCGAUGAAUGUAUUCAACCCAUGAGUCAUGUCAUGACCAACGCACCACCCGCUAUUCCUCUUUUGCAAACCUUGAUGGAUUUAAUUGGAACGGAUACGAUACAUGAAGAAACGAGCUUGACAGCACCGACACAGCAGCAGCAGUUGUCUCCUAUGAGCGUGCAUGCCAUCGUGAGCGAUUGGGGAGAUACUGAUUUGCCUUCCUCGGCAGCAACAUCAUCAGCCGGGAAUAAUGGAGAGUCAUUUGUGCAGAAUAAUGUGUCUUUGGCUGCAUGGCAGAGUUUAUUUUCUUCGGCGGCUACACCAUUUUUUGAGAACGAAACAGAUUGGCAAGCAACACUUGCAUCAUUGUUUGACGACGGUCAAAACAAACCAAAUACCACGUUUAUGCAACAAGAAGAGGAAGAACAACGUACUUCCUACUAUUCUUCCACAAAGACCUCGCAUCAUACCAGCAGUUAUUCAUCCAACUCGUACGGCUACGGUAAUCCCGAAGACGAUAGUAACGAUCCAGGUUUCUCUGAAGAGGACUAUGAACAUCCCAACCCUUCUUAUUCUCAACCUCCUCAAUCCAAGCAUAACCCAGGCCCCGAUCCAGAUGAUGAAGAUGCUCAAGAAUUCGAACUCUCCAACUGUCAUGGUAGAAAGAGAGCUUUAUUGAUCGGUAUUAACUAUACCGGAACUGCAAAUGAAUUGAGUGAUGAUCAAGAAGAGGAUAAGUUUAAACCAACGCGUGCAAAUAUUUUAGCUGGCAUGAAAUGGCUUGUGGAUGAUGCUCAGCCUGACGAUUCUGGUCAUGGUGGCAGAGUGAGCGAUAUUCACAGUGACGAGGAUGAUUCAUUUGAUGAGACCAUUUAUCCUUUAGAUUUCGAUCAAUUCGAAGGAGAUUCUGGACAAAUUAAAGAUGAUGAUAUGCAUGAUAUUUUGGUUCGACCUUUACCCGCAAAGUGUCGUUUAACUGCCAUUUUUGAUAGCUGUCAUUCAGGCACGGUGCUGGAUUUACCUUAUGUCUAUUCUACCAAGGGAGAAAUCAAGGAACAAAACUUGUUCAAGCAUGCGGGACAAGGUAUCUUUUCCGCAGGUAUCGCCUAUGCUCGAGGAGACAAGGAUGGCGCUUUAUCGUCCAUCAUGUCGUUGGGUAAACAACUCUUUGAGGCACGUAAUAUCUCUGAUCAAGUCCGUAGAAAGAAUACAUCCCAAGCGGAUGUCAUCAUGUUUUCCGGUUGUAAAGACGAUCAAACUUCCGCUGAUGCUCAGGAGGCCGGUAAAGCCACAGGCGCCAUGAGUUUUGCUCUCAUCAGUAAGUGA